AUGCCCCUCAAAACACUCCUGUGGUCCCUCGUCCGCAGCUACUCCAAUGGCCCGGCCAAGUCGCGGCUCGGAAAGAAGACGCUGAGUCUGGACCAUAGAUCCCGCGCCAUCUCGCUCUACCGCGAAAUCAUCCGCGGCACGCGGCGCAUCGCGGACCCCAACACUCGCGCCGAAUCGCGCCGGUUUGCGCGCGAUGAGUUUGAGCGUCACCGAGACGUGACAGAUCUCGGACACAUCCGCUACCUCAUCUCCACAGGCAAGACGGAGUGGCAGGGCAUGGAGCGCUACGUCGACGGAAUGUAG